UCCACUGAAGUUAAUUACAUACGAUAGUUUUGAUUAUACCAGAUCGUAACAUGCCUAGGUUGGUGAGGACAGAUCGUUGAUGUUCAACCCAUUGUAACCAGCAGAAUGUAAAUGGUUGAUUAAUGUCUGUUGAAGACUACUGCCUGUUAAUUACCCAUCAUGCAAUCGGAGAUUAUUUUAUGCGACUGGUUGUAUCUUUCAUUGGGCGUAUUUCAUACAACUAUCAAAAGAACAAGUCAGAGGAAAAGUGACACCCCCUUGCAGAAUCGGGACCUUUGUUUAGGGAAUGGCGCGUGCUUCCACUGAUGCACACCAAUUAAAGGUGGCAUCUGAAAAGAAAGGGCGUUCAAAAGUAAAGAUAUGUCUGCUGGGACCAAGUGAGAGUGGGAAAUCAGAACUUGUGAAAUACCUGAUCAAAGGCAACUCUUACAUGCAUCUUGGUGUCCGUGGUGCCUGCUUUGUUUAUGGCCUGCGUCUGGGGUAUAAUCCCCCUGUGAUGCUUGAUGUCACAGAGUGCAGAGGAACCAAAACAUCACAACUCCAGCAGGCAACUGAACACAAGCCUGACGUCUACUUUCUGUUGUAUGACGUGAAUUCUAACACAAGCCUGGAAAAAAUGGAAUACUUGUGGAUAAACGAUCUAUACUACAAGAACAUUGUUACUAUUAUCAUCGGCAACAAGUCCGACCUGCCUUCAGAUACUCAGGAUGCGAAGUUCCUGGGGGUAUCGGACAAAGCUUGGUUGUCAGGACAUAUGGAGAUUUCAUCGAUAACUGGUCAAAACAUUGACCGCUUGAUACAAAGAAUGGUAGAAAUAUUUACAGGUUUUGAUAUUCAAGACCAAAUAGAAACAGUAGCUCGUCCUAUGACUGCAUGGUCGCUGUCUACUCAAUCGUCUACAAUUCCCAAUAAUGUGUACAAGAUGGACGCCAUUCCCAAAGGUGUAUGUCUCAUCAUCAGUAUGAGAUCAUUUCAAGAUGGAAGCGACUACAGAUAUGGCACUGAAAAAGAUGAAGUCGGUUUGGAAGAAGUGUUUAAGCAGUUUGGUUUCAAAGUAGCGGUUAGAAAAGAUUUGGAGGGUUCUAUUCUUCUAAAUACAUUGAAAACAAUGGCUUCACAGGAUCACUCACGCUAUAGCUGUUUUGUCUGCGUUGUGAUGUCUCACGGGUCGUCAAAAAGCAUCAAAGCAUCAGAUGGUUUAGAUGUAAACGUUGACCAGAUUACCAAACAGUUCACAGCUGAGAAUUGUCCUUCACUUCGGGGCAAGCCCAAGGUGUUUCUGUUCCAGGCCUGUCGGGGUAAGCAUGGACAAGCAUCUCUUCCUCACGAGACUGACUCGUGUUGUGGCGACAUGGAGGACGAUGCCACGGCCUUUGUUCCAAACGAGGCUGAUUUCCUGAUCGCCCGGUCAACCGUUGACGGCUACGUGUCAUAUCGUGACAGUUACAGGGGAUCUUUCUAUAUUUCCAAUCUCGUGGAGAUACCGAGAGCCAACCCUGAACUCAGUCUUGUGACGUGUCUCACCUUGCUGAAUGCACGCGUUGCUGACCUCAAUCUUUCGGGGGGAAGAUCUCAGAUGCCAUGUUUUCACACCACGCUCAGGAAGGAUCUCGUUCUUGGACUUUGAAUAUAAAAAAACCGAAAGAAAGAAACAAGAAUUGGUGUAUGUCCAUGGUUUGAUUUGGCUCUUGCAAUGAUUACAUGUCUCAAAUAGGACAAGGUACUGAUCAUGGUGAACCCUUCAAACAUCGGCGUCGGCGUCUGUAACAUCUUCUUUGUUACUAUUAGACCAAGGUAGUGGACACUUGGCAUAAUGGUUCCUGCCAAUGAUGAAAGUUCAAUUUGUUCAAGUGGUUCCAAUCUGAUUUUCAAAAUGGCGGCUACGGCAGAAACAUUUUGUAUAAAUCAUAAUUGCUAUAGUGAGUGAGUAUUGUUUCAUUCCGCUUUUAGGAAUAUUCCAGAAAUAUCACGGCGGGGGACAGCAGAAAUGGGCUUCACACAUUGUCCCCAUGUAGGGAUCGAACCGGGUCUUAGGCGUGACGAGCGAACACUUUAACCACUCGACCACCCCUACGCCCCCGUAAUGGCUAUAACAGAUUCAAAUUUCUUCACGGCACAAUGAUCGGCAUUUGGCUUUGGAGGUUCUAGACAAUGCAAAUAUAUAUAUAUUUCUUAUUUUUCCUCAGAAUAUGUUGUAUUAAAUAUGCUAUAACUUGGA